ACACUGCGCAUGUUCAAUUAGGACCUUGCCGCCUAAUGUGACGCAGGGGGUCGGGAAGUGAGCACUACCCCUUGUCAACUACCCAUGACGAUCGAUACAAGACGGACUUACUAACUAUAUAUUUGCCACAGUUUUGUGUAUUUGUGAAGUUGAGAAGUUCGUGACAACCCUGACAUGGCCGGGGGAGGCAGGAAGGACGAUGAGGGAGAAGAAAGCAUGGACUUUGACGACGUGGGGGAAGAGGGGGAUAACUUCUCUCCUUUUCGGGGUUCCUUCUAUUCGCCCCAAGUUGGAGACGAUUCUGAAAAUCUUACGCCUAUGCAAGAAGAAGAGGUUGCUGAAGAGGUGACGGAGAAGAAAGGAAAGAAGAGAAAAACUAGAGAUGGAAGUGAGAAGAAGAAGAAAUCUAAGAAGAAGAAAAAAAGACAAGCAGACAGUGAUGUGGAACAGGGCAGUGAAGCAGAAGACGACGACGAUGAUGCUCCUGUUGAGGUCACACCUAAGGAGAAGAGGAAGAAAGGAAAAGAAAAGAAGGAAAAGACGUCCUCCGAGAUAUGUGAUUCCUAUGGGAUGGUUGAUGUUGAUAUCGAAUACACAGAUGAUGACUACAAGACACUUACAAACUAUGCCCUGUUCAGUAAACAUGUGCGACCCAUGUUGAUGAAGGAAAAUCCAAAAGUGUCCACAACGAAAAUGGGCAACGUUGUUGCUGCGAAAUGGCGUGAAUUUGCCAGACAGAUAUCAGCAAAAGCUCACGAAACAACCCCAAGCAAAGCCGAGGGACCCUCAACGCCUAUGUCUACUGCUACCUCAGCAGCGGCAACACCAUCGGCGCCAGACACACCUGACGCAGCUGAUGAUGCUGAUGAUUUGUCAGGCGAUGGUGAACUGGACGAAUCGGUGGACGAGAAGCCAUCUCGUUCCAAGAAAUCCAAAUCUAAAAAGGGGGCAAUUGCUCCCUUGAAGAUAAAGAUCAGCAAGAAAAAGAAGAAGAAGAAGACUAGUUCUGUGAGUACUAGAUCUUACCAUGAUGACCAGGAUGAGGAAGAGGGUUUCAACACAAGUGAUGAAGAAUUUGAGAGGCAGCUAGAGGAAGCCAGCCUGUUGAGUGAAGUAGCCAAGGCAGAAGGUGGAUCAGCACGGAAACGGAAAGGGAAAGGGAAGGGCAGAAAGAAGAAGACAAGGACUACAAAUAAAUAUCCUGAUGAUCCUGAUGCUGAUGGUUAUGAGACGGAGCAUCAGGACUACUGCGAGGUGUGUCAGCAGGGAGGGGAGAUCAUCCUGUGUGACUCAUGUCCUCGGGCAUACCACUUGGUGUGCCUGGAGCCUGAGUUGGAAGAAGCCCCCGAGGGAAAGUGGAGCUGUCCCCAUUGUGAGGGAGAAGGGAUCAAGGAACAGGAAGAAGAUGAACACAUGGAGUUUUGCCGCGUGUGUAAAGACGGGGGCGAGCUUCUCUGUUGCGACAGCUGUCCCUCGGCCUAUCACCCCAACUGUCUCAAACCACCAAUUCAAAAUGUUCCCGAUGGUGACUGGCAUUGUCCACGCUGUUCUUGUGAGCCCCUUAUAGGCAAGGUAGCAAAGAUCUUGACCUGGCGCUGGAAGGAGCCCCCAAAGACAGAUGAUGAACUUGAUCACACACAUCAUGAAGAACUAAAGAAGGAUGAUUCCAAGCUUGUGCGCGAGUUCUUCGUCAAGUGGCAUGACAUGUCCUACUGGCACUGUAACUGGAUCACAGAGCUGCAGCUUGAUGUGUACCACCCCGCAAUGUUCAGAAACUACAUCCGGAAGUAUGACAUGGACGAGCCCCCACCACUGGAGGACGGCAGCACAUACCGAGACAAGAUGGACAGUGAGGACCCUCACAACCUGGAGGAUAGGUUCUAUCGAUAUGGGGUGCGGCCAGAGUGGCUACAGAUUCACAGGAUCAUUAACCACAGGACCACCCGGGACGGCACCACCUGGUAUCUGACCAAGUGGAGGGACUUGCCAUACGACCAGGCAACCUGGGAAUCUGAGGACUCUGGAAUAGCAGACUUCAAGAAAUUUGUAGACCAUUAUGAAAGCUUAAGAUGUUUGAUGAAUGGCAAUGGUGUCUCAGACAAGAAGGGGAAGAAGGGUAAAAGUGCCAAGAAGACCAGGGACAAAGAAAUUGAGGUGCAGACGCCUAAAAUGCCACCUGUGUAUCCCACCACAGACUUGCGCAAGAAGUUUGAUACACAACCUGAAUACAUCGAAGCCACGGGCGGCACGCUCCACCCCUACCAACUGGAAGGGCUCAACUGGCUCCGCUUCUCCUGGCAGAACGGAACCGACACCAUCUUGGCUGACGAGAUGGGCCUCGGCAAGACCAUUCAGACCAUCUCCUUCCUCUACUCACUCUUCAAGGAGGGACAUUCUAAAGGCCCGUUCUUGGUUAGUGCUCCUCUGUCGACUAUCAUCAACUGGGAGAGAGAGUUUGAGUUCUGGGCACCUGAGAUGUAUGUUGUCACUUACGUUGGCGACAAGGACAGUCGUAUGGUUAUCAGAGAACAUGAGUUUUCAUUUGAUGAAGGUGCUAUACGUGGUGGAGCUAAAGCCUCAAAAGUGAGGGAGGGAUGUGCCAUCAAGUUCCAUGUGCUGCUCACAUCUUAUGAAUUGAUAUCGAUUGAUAGUGCUACACUGGGCUCCAUUGGCUGGGCUGUGCUAGUUGUUGAUGAGGCUCACAGACUCAAGAACAACCAGUCAAAGUUUUUCCGUAUCUUGAGUUCCUACAAGAUUGGGUACAAGCUGCUGUUGACAGGAACUCCUCUGCAGAACAACCUGGAGGAACUGUUCCAUCUCCUCAACUUCCUCACACCAGAGAACUUCAAUGAUCUUCAAGGCUUCCUUGAUGAGUUUGCUGACAUCUCGAAGGAGGAUCAGGUGAAGAAGUUGCAUGACCUGUUGGGUCCACAUCUGCUCCGACGUCUCAAGGCUGAUGUCCUGAAGGGAAUACCAUCCAAGAGUGAAUUCAUUGUCAGGGUGGAGCUCAGUCCAAUGCAGAAGAAAUACUACAAGUACAUCUUGACAAGAAACUUUGAUGCGUUGAAUACCAAAGGUGGGACCCAGGUGUCACUCCUCAACAUUAUGAUGGACUUGAAGAAGUGCUGCAACCACCCCUAUCUCUUCCCUACUGCUGCCAUGGAAGCUCCUAAGUUCCCCAAUGGUGCCUUUGAGGGUCAGUCUCUCAUCAGGUCGUGUGGAAAACUGGAGCUGCUGUGUAAGAUGAUGAGGAAACUCAAAGAUACAGGCCACAGAGUGCUCAUCUUCUCCCAGAUGACCAAGAUGUUGGACAUUUUGGAGGACUUCAUGGAGGCGGAGGGCUACAAGUAUGAGAGGAUAGACGGAGGUGUGACAGGCUCACUCAGGCAGGAUGCUAUAGACCGGUUUAAUGCCACUGGGGCCCUCGCCUUCUGCUUCCUGCUGUCCACCAGGGCGGGUGGUCUUGGUAUCAACCUGGCAACAGCCGACACCGUCAUCAUCUACGACUCAGAUUGGAACCCUCACAAUGAUAUUCAGGCUUUCAGUCGAGCUCACCGAAUCGGGCAAGCCAACAAGGUGAUGAUCUACCGCUUCGUGACCAGAGCGUCUGUGGAGGAGAGGAUAACACAGGUGGCCAAGAAGAAGAUGAUGUUGACCCACUUGGUUGUCCGACCUGGCCUCGGCAACAAGAGCACAACUAUGUCCAAGAAAGAGCUUGAUGACAUUCUCAAGUUUGGUACGGAGGAGCUCUUCAAGGAAGAAGAAAAGGGUGAUGAUCGUAUCGUCUACGAUGACGCGGCAUUGUCACGGCUGCUGGAUCGAACCCAGGAGGGACAGGAAGAAAAGGAGAUGGCCAUGAAUGAGUACCUGAGUUCCUUCAAGGUGGCCAGCUAUCAGGUCAAGGAGGGAGAGGAGGAGGAUGAGACAGAGAUGGAGGUCCUGAAGCAGGAGGCUGAGCAUGCAGACCCCGCAUACUGGGAGAAGCUACUACGCCACCACUAUGAGCAGCAGCAGGAGGACAUGGCCCGCACCCUCGGCAAGGGGAAGAGAGUCCGCAAACAGGUCAACUACAACGACGCCAUGAAUGGCCAGGAGGAUGAAGCAUGGAAGGAGAGCAUGUCCGACUUUGACUCCGACUUUAACAACGAAGAGGAUGAUGAUGACUUUGAAGACAAACCUGAAGUGCGAGGGCGCAACAAGCGAGGCAAUGAGAAAGAUAGACCGCUACCACCACUAUUGGCUCGUGUCAAUGGACAGAUUGAGGUGCUUGGUUUCAAUGCUCGACAGAGGAAAGCUUUCCUCAAUGCAGUAAUGAGAUGGGGCAUGCCGCCUCAAGAUGCAUUCAACUCUCAGUGCCAUUCCGAUGUUUUCAGGUUGGUCCGAGAUCUCCGUGGGAAAUCCGAGAAAGUAUUCAAGGCCUAUGUCUCCCUCUUCAUGCGGCAUCUCUGUGAACCAGGAGCAGAUAACUCUGAAACCUUCGCUGACGGCGUGCCAAGGGAGGGUCUGUCUCGACAACAUGUGCUCACACGAAUUGGAAUCAUGUCUCUUGUUAGGAAAAAGAUUCAAGAAUUUGAAGCAAUCAAUGGAACACACAGCAUGCCAUAUGUGAAGGCCGAGGAUGCUGUUGAAAGAAUGAAGAAGGAGGCUGCUCUAGCAGCAGCGGCAGCGGCGGCUGCGGCUGCUGCAGCAGCAGCAGCAGCAGCUGCAUCACCAGCCCCAGAGAAGGAUGACAAGGAGGUGAAGGAAGAGAAAAAGGAGGACGGUAAAGAGGAGGUGAAGAAGGAAACCAAAGAAGGAGAGAAGGAUGAGAAAACUGACGACAAGGAGGAAAAAAUGGAAGAAGACAAACCUGACAAGGUGAAGGAAGGAGAAGAUGAAGAGAAAGAGAAGGAUACUCAGGACAAGAAGGAAGAGGGUGAAGAGAAGGAGGAGGCUGAGAAGGAGGAGGUGAAGAAGGAAGAACCCAUGGAAACUGACAAGAAGGAGGAAGCUGUCGAGGAGAAACCCAAGGAGGCAACAGUCGAGGAGAAGCCUAAGGAGGAGGAGGAGGUCGCCAUGGAUACCACCGAGAAAAAAGAGGAGAAGCCAGAAGGGGCUGAGGCUGAGCCUGAGCCUGAGGCUGAGGCUGAGAAGGUGAAAGAUGACCCCAAGGAGGGAGAGAAAGCAGAGAAGUCAGAGGAGAAGAAGGAAGAUGGAGAGGAGAAGAAAGAAGCUGAGGCUGAUCCUAAGAAAGAGGAAGAAAAGGAUGAGGAGAAGAAGGAAGAAAAGAAAGAGGUUGAAGAAGACAAAGAGAAGGGGGAGAAGGAUGAGAAAGAGAAGGAGAAGGUAGAACCCAAGAAGGAAUCUGUACCUCGCACAGAGGAGGAGAAGAAACGUGAUGAGCAGUUCCAGAAGUUUAUGUUUAAUAUUGCUGAUGGUGGCUUCACGGAGCUGCACACACUCUGGGCAAAUGAACAACGAGCUCUGCAGUCAGGGCGGGAACAUGAGGUCUGGCAUCGGCGUCACGACUACUGGCUUCUUGCAGGCAUUGUCACAUUUGGUUAUGGUCGAUGGCAGGACAUUCAGAAUGAUCCCCGCUUCCAGAUCAUCAAUGAACCUUUUAUCAGUGAACAAGGCAAAGGAAACUUCCUGGAGAUCAAAAACAAGUUCCUUGCAAGGAGGUUUAAGCUCCUUGAACAGGCCCUGGUCAUUGAGGAGCAACUGAGACGUGCAGCUUACCUCAACCUCACUCAGGACCCCACACAUCCUGCCAUGGCACUCAAUGCAAGGUUUGCUGAACUUGAGUGUCUAGCUGAGAGUCAUCAGCAUCUGUCUAAAGAAUCCCUGGGUGGGAACAAGCCUGCUAAUGCUGUGCUACAUAAAGUGCUAAACCAGCUGGAGGAGCUGUUGAGUGACAUGAAACAGGACGUGGCACGUCUGCCGGCCACCCUUGCCCGCGUGCCCCCGGUCACCCAGCGACUACAGAUGUCCGAGAGGAAUAUCCUGAACCGAUUGGUCAACCCUAAUCAAGCCACGCCUUCCUCCACGACGGGCCCUCCAACACCAACACUCUCUGGUGGGUCGAGUUCUGCUUCAGCCUCCGCAGCUACAUCAUCUGCAGCUGUGUCCUCCCAGUUCAUGGCAGCAGCAGCUGCAGGCAACUUUGGACCAUACUCUAACUCCAGUUUUGCAGGGUUCCGACCGCAGUUUGGUGUCCCCCCUACAUCAUUUAACCAAGGACCCAUGGGAUUUCCCAUGAUGCCGCUUUUACCAGGUGCAGUCCCUGGUGGCCAGAGUGUACGGUUGCCAUCGGCAACGCCCAGCCCCUCCCAUCGCUCCCCAGCCCCAUCAUCUGUUCCUAUUGAUCCACCCAAUCCUUUUCUUGGGCCCGCUGAGCCCUUUUCUUGGCAGAUGAAACCGGACAAUCUGCCACCAGCUGGUUUGGACCAGUUUCUACCACUGCGUUCAACUGGACAAGCUGAGGACCUGACUAAGAAGGAAAGUGGCCCCAGCAAGAUGGACAGUAAACUGGAAACUGCCAAAGUCAAUGGGAAGAAGGACGUUAUAUGUAUUGAUGACGAUUAGAGGUCAAGGUCAUGACCCAGCCGCGUCUUCAUGUCACAUCAUGUACAGCUGUUUUUUCUGGUCAACUUUGAAAGUCAAACUUUACAGUGCACAUAUAUCAUCUCAUCUUGUGAAUACACAUCAUUAUUCUGACCAUGCACACAAAAAUUCAAAUAUUUUUGCUUUUUAUAAUUGCUUUACUGUGAAACAGCUUAUCUCAUGUUCUGGUAAAAUAAACAUCAGUGGAUCCCGAAGGUGAUGAAGCUUGCAAAACUGUUUGUAUAACUGUGCAAUAAAUAGUUGGUGUAAAUGUCAAUGAGCAAAUAUGUUUUUUUAUAACCAUAUAUGUUUAUAAUUCCUUUGAAUGCCCUACCUCUAUUACAUCAACAAAUAUUAGCUGUUGACACCAGCACACAGGAAAGAAUGUGCAAAUUAAGCCUUAAACCUGUAUAUAGGGUUUACCUCAAAACUGUCUGUUGAAAAUCUAAAAAUGUAGGAAUUUAUGGCUGUGAUGUAAGAGAGGUAGUAUUCUCAGAAUUAUACACAGUUGUUUGAUGUAUAUAUCUGAAAUGUACCAUGCAUAGAUGUUUUUUUCUUUUGUAUUUUUUCUGUCCACAAUGUCAUAUGUUGCCUGAAACAUCAGCAUCUCAAAGAGAAGCCCAAAGUGAAAAUUAAUUGGACAAUAAGUACUGUAGGAGCAGCUAAGUGAAUAAAUGGCAAAUCGGUCCACAUUAGUCAUUAAGUGACGUAAGAAACAUAAAACAUAUCUGUCCGUCAUAAGGCGUAUGAAACAGCAGUGGUUACUUCUGAACCUGUUAUUGGUGAUUAUUUUAUAUGCAAUGCCAGCAGAAUUCUUUUUUUUUCGAGUUUUGUGCUUUCCUUUGACCUUGAUUCAUCUCCAAACCACUGAAUAUUAAGUAUAAGGUCCCAACAAUUGUUUCAAAAAGUGCUUGCAAAAUAAUAAUCGAUGCUGGCCAUAUUGAAUAGAUGUAGUUUUUUUUGCCUUUUUUUAUCCAUAAUUUUUUACAUUUUACAUCUCUUAAACUACAGUGGCUAUGGCAGCCAUAUGGAAAAUGGAGUCUUUUUUUCCCAGAUGUUCAGCAGGGUCAUUAAAUGACAAGGUGGCCAGAAUUAGUGGUGCUUCUGUUGGUCCCUGCAGUAGGCUCAAAAUUGUCCUGAGUGAAUAAUGUGUCAAAUUAGUGGGCAAUAUAUAGUUUUUGUCAUAUUGUGUGAAUGAAGCAUUUUCGAAAAGGCAUAUGCAAGGGAUGGGAAUGCCACAAAUAUUGUUGUUAUUUACCAAGUAACAGAUCUCACUUUUGUCCUGGAUGACCGUUUUAUGAAGAAUAAAUGUCACGGCAAAUAUCUGAAGAAGAAAAAAUCUAUUGUCCAGUAUUGGUAUUUUUGUUGUCAGAGGUAUAUUCUAUCAGUAAAAGAAGAUGUGUAUUUGCAGUGAUUGUGAUUAUUCAAAUUCAACCUGUUAUAGCUUUAAUUUGUACAACUACCAGUAGCAUUUUUAUUAUUUAUGGAUCUGAUGAAUGAGUUCAGAUGUAGGCAUUCCAUAGACAACUAGAGCCCGCAGAGUUUAUACGUGGCUCAGCUAAUUGUGGGAAAUCAGUAUGUGUGAAGUUUCAUUUUCAGAUAUAUAGAAAGUUUAUCAUCUCCAUUUUGACAGUUUAGAAAUUUUCAGAUUGCAAACUGUAAAUAAAGAAGUGUGUUUUAACCUGUUUAUGCAGGUUGUAGCAACAAGUGUUCUAUGGCCAAAAUGUGAAAGCUGAAAUAUCAGUCUCUUUGUCUAUUAAAAACAUGUAACACUUA